AUGACAAGUAAUCGCUGGGAUUCACGAAAAAAGCGCCGACUGGCAAAAAACUGGCCUCUGGACUUCUCCAAGUCUCUCGGAUCAUCACCCUCAUACACUAUUUCAGACGUAUUGACAGCUGAACUCAUGAAAGGAGCUAGCGAGAGUGGAAGGUCAUCUUCUAAAAACAGCCAGCCACGAUAUUCUCGCAAUGUGGCUCAUAUUGCCGAAACGGAGCUGUCUGUAUCGAUACCAGCACUGGGACCUCUCUUCGAGUCUAACUAUUACACUAGACAUCUGACUUCGGAUGGCAUGAUACAAAACAAGCAGUCCAGCUCAGGGAGUGAUAGUUCAGCUCAUUUUUCGGAUGCGGCCAGGCGCCGUCACGCAACCCUCAAUCAAAUUCCCGAGCAAUUCUCGGAGUUCAUUUUAGAGCAGAACGUAGUGACUGAUUCUGACCGCACGCGCCAGAUUUCUGAUCUGAUGGGUUCUCAGGCGACUAUAUUCUCAACUAGAGACAAUGAUAGUGCACUGAAUCGGCCCUCUCGAUUCAAGUCCAAAUCGAAGAGCGUGAAGGCCGGAAUCGACUACCCAACAGAGGGAUACAAUCGCCCAAAACGUCGCGGAGCCAUUAGAUUCAAACCCGGGAGCAAGAUAUAUCGUGCUUAUGCCAAGAUGAGACGUUUUGCUUCUUCUUGUAGAAGUCGCUUCACCCUGUUGUGGGAGUUCGUAGCCAAGUCGAAAAGAAUGAAUGCCAAGACCCAGCUACGCCGCCUGAAGCUGGAAAAGAGACGGAACAGAAUCAUUCCAAAAGUUGGAAGAGGCAUUAUUUCUGCCCCCGUCAACAAUCCUCAAUUGGGUCUGAACAUUGGUGCUGAGCGGGUAUCGGCGCUUACAGAUGAUGUCAGAAACAUGGCAGGUAUGCUUAACGAUCAGCCAAAUCCUGGCCAUCCAUUCCACGAACAAGUUGGCAAACUCUCGCAUCUUUCGAAUUAUAUCAAGGAACAAAAAAAUAUGGCUCCUGUUACAACGAAGUCUGUCUCCCCGUUCUUGGCUGAUAGCAAGGCUCCAACGCCCCCACCACAUGGAAUAUCUGCGAUUGCGAUUAAAGACAAUAUCCAAGAAGGUUCUGCUCAGCGUGCAAUGAAUGAUGCUGAGAUUCAGCAAGAUCUUAAACCCUCUAGUGGUUUGAGGGUAGUUGCAAAAGACACUGCACCUCAAUUAUCAGGCGAUCAGCAGCCAUUGGAUACAGUAGGACUAGAAUUAUGGAAUCGGUAUCUUCGCAAUGUGACAGCACUGAGAAUACGUCUCCGCCAAGAAAUUGCGCUCUUCCAGGCCCUUGCGGCUGGACAGGCAGUUCCUGAUUUCUUCAUUCCAAAGACUCCACAAGUUGAUGUGCAGAUGCCUGCUCUUAACUCCAAUAGCCACGAAGCCUACAAACCUGCCCUCUCCGUAAGCGAGAAGCUGUCGAAUUCUAAGCCCUCGGAAGUUUCGUUCAUUUUGAGCCAGAAGGCUAGUAUUGUGGAGACACAUGAUGAUAAGAGCCAACACGCCAGAGCUCAGAGCCUUGUCAUUGAUUCCUCUAUCGAGGAAAAUCUUAUUGAAUGCAAAUCAUCAAUCGAAGAGAGCGAGACUGACUUCGCAUUUUCACUUGCUCAAUCUGCGUCUCAAUAUUCUGUCAACCUCUCCGCCAAACCAAGUGUGUCUAGACAAACAUUGACAAGUCUGGCGUACAGUGAUGAUUGUGAUGUUGAUUCAAUUGAUGAGAAUGUUGACAAAAUGCAGCAAGUCCUCAAUCGUCGUUCGAUGUUGGGUGAAAUGUUGGAUUACACGUCUGAUGACGAUGCCUCUACAAUUGCAUCGCAGACGUCUCAUGAUACCAUAGACAGCCAAAUCAUGAGACGAUAUGGAACAAUUCUGAGUAUCCAUGGACCUAAUUAUAUGUCUCGGAGUUCAUCUAAGUAUUCACCAGCUCUGUCUACCAUUCUACAGGCGCCCCUUGGUCUUACCAGGUCCCCUGGCUUCACAUCGAAUUUGCAUCUUGUGUCCUAA